AUGUUACCCUUGACACAAGAUGAAGUCUUCCAGCAAAUUCGGGAAAAGGCUACGCGCAAGCAACACGAAAAGACGGCGUUUACCUCUGGCGUUGUCACUAAGCUCCUGAAAGACUUAUACAAUCACGAUCUACAUGGUUGCCUGUUCUUCUACUCUCAGGACGAAAACGGUAUUCCCAGACAUAGAGUCGCUACACACGCAGCCGGUCGAAAACAUUACUGCUCGGUUGCUCUGGAAACCGCGUUCAAUGCAGAACAUUGGCAUGACCAGUCUGAGCCAGCAGCCUUCCAAGGUAACUGGCCUCCCAGCACAAUUGAGGGUCUUAUCGAAGAUUUUGAUGAGACCGAGUCCUGCAUCGAGCCAUGCCCCAACUGCGAAGCACCAGAAGAUGUCACACAUUGUAUGUGUGGGUACAGCGCAUGGGCAAAGACGAUUCAUUUCUGCGGGAACUUUAGUGUGCCUGCAGGAUCUGUGCUCACCCCAACAUCCGACUAUGUUCAGGGAGAACUUCCCAGUACUCCCGGCGCUGGCACGUUUAGCUGGCAGUACAAUCCUUAUUCGCCACCAAGCUUCAAGUCUCGCCCUGUACCGCGCGCGUAUGCUGAUGUCCGGUCCUAUGCUGGGAGCGGAAUGGGCCUUGGCGCUCUUUUCAGCUGGUCGCCUGUGGAGCAGCGAGUCAACGGCACCCUUACUCUUGAGGCCAAAUUGGGCAUUUCGUACAUUAGUGCUGCGCAGGCAUGCUCUCACGUGGAAAAUGAGCUUCCUGAUGCGAAAUCCUUCGAGGAUGUCGUUGACGAAGGAAGGCAAGUAUGGGAAGAGAAAAUUUUGAACAAGAUACAGAUUGGAGACGAUGGCCAUUCGACAAGCAACAACAAAACGUUGAAGAGGAUGCUUUACUCUGGGCUGUAUCAAACAGGUCUGAUGCCAACCGACAAAACCGGCGAAUGCCCUAAUUGGGAGUCAAACGAUGCUAAGCCAUACUACGAUGACCAUUAUACGCUUUGGGACACUUAUCGUACCCUACUGCCCUUGUAUCACCUGGUAUUCACGAAGCCAUACUCACGCAUUCUUUCUGGUCUCAUCUCUAUCUUCACCGAAGAGGGUUAUCUGCCAGCCGGUCGCGCAGCAAAUUGGAAUGGUCGUGUUCAGGGCGGCACACACGCAGACAUGGUCUUGGCGGACGGUUUCGUCAAGAGCGUCCAUGCACUUGCCGGCGAGACUGGCCGAGGCGAGCUCGACAGCGGGAUCGACUGGCAAGAGGCCUACAAGGCAGUGAUGAAGGAUGCGAACAUAUUGCCCGAGCGCAAUGUUGAUCCGGUCGCCUUCGACGGCGCCACGAAGGAAGGCAGAGGAGCACUGGAUGAUUAUCUCUCCCUUCGCUUCAUCACGCGUAACCACACCCGCAGUGUUUCUCGUGGCGUCGAGUACCCGCAGAACGACUUCGCGAUCUACAGCAUGGCAGCUGGACUUAAGAAGUCCCAGGAAGACGUCGAUCAGAUGCGCGAACGAGCAAGCUGGUGGCAAAACCAAUGGAAUCCCAUGGCAAACACAACUCUCAACGGCACGGGUACAUUCACUGGCUUCCCAGGCCCUAGAAACGCGGAUGGGACGUGGAACACCACGGCGUAUGACCCGCUGAGCUGCGGAACAUGCGGUUGGGAUGCAGACAUCUACGAAGCCAAGGUUUGGGAGACUGCAUUCAGUGUCGCACCACACGACAUGGCCAAAGUCAUAGAUCUGAUGGGCGGCGACGAGGCUUUCGUCCGUCGGUUAGACGCCUCUUUCAUCCCAGGCUUCGGUACAUCAGUUGGCGCAAACAACGAUGCCGGCUCUGCUCUCUUCAACCCAGGAAACGAACCAUCCUUCGCAACGCCAUUCCUCUACAACUACGUACCUGGUAUGAACUGGAUGACAGUCAACCGGACUCGAGCUAUCGUCGACGACUUCUACAGCGACGACCGUGACGGAUACCCCGGAAACAUCGACGGUGGUGCUCUACCCAGUUGGCUGGUGUUCAAUCUCAUGGGCAUGUAUCCUGUGUCUGCUCAGCCGCUUUACCUUCUUUCUGCUCCCCGCUUCUCUUGGCUCAAGGUCUCGCUUUUUGGUGGAACGGCAGUGGAGACGUCGUUGACUAUUCGGGCCCAAAACCUGUCAAGCACAAGCUAUUACCCGCAAAAGGUUACCUGGAACGGGCAGGAACUCGAUCGAGCUUGGUUGAAGCAUAGCGAGAUUGCGGAAGGAGGCGAGUUGGUGUUUUAUAUGGGUGAAGAGCCUAAGAAGUGGGAUGUUGGUGAGCGGCCGUGGUCACUGUCGACAUCGUCGCUGUAG